AUGAAGAAAACAACAAGUUUUAGUAAAGUUCGAUCAAAUAGAAUUAAAUAUUUGAAAUUAUUUCCAUUAUUUAUUCAUGAUAUUGAUGAAACUGACGAAGAUGAAGAUCACUGGCCUUGUUACCAAGCAAAGAUUGUUGAUGAUCUUAUCAUGAUUUCAGAUAUUGAGCAAGGUGAUAAAAUUUUUAGAUAUGGUAGUUUUGGUAAAUGUGAAUUUGUUCGAACUACGACUCAUGUAUCACCAUCAGUACCAUUAGAAAUAAUUCCAAACAAUAAAAAAGAAUAUGAGAAACCUUAUCGAUUACGAUCAUUGGAAUUCAAUGAUAGAAAUAAUGAUCAACAAAUGCAAGUUGAUGAUCAAUAUUCUGAUUUUGAAAAAGAAUUUUUGACUGAACUCAAUAAUAAAAUGUUUUCUUCAUCUCUCGAUCAAGUUCGUGAACAAAAUCAUCAUGAAUGUCAAACAAUUCUUCAACAAAAACAAAUCUAUCCAUUAUCUUCAACAAUCGAAUCAAAAUCACUUUCAAACAGUUCUAUUGAAAUUUCAUCAACAAAAUUAAUUAUCUAUGAACAUGUUUAUUUAUUACCAGAGGAGACAAUCUUUCUUCAACAUGCACUUGGUUGUCUUGUUGUUAAAGAUGAAUUUGAUCAAAUUAUAUCUCCAGAUGAUUUAUGGAAUCGAUUUAAUUUAAAAGAUAAAUCAUUUUCAAUAAAAUAUGCAGUUUAUUAUUAUUUUCGAAGUAAUGGAUGGGUUGUUAAAUGUGGAUUAAAAUUUGGUUGUGAUUAUAUGCUUUAUAAAUUUGGUCCAAAUUUUAAUCAUGCUGAUUAUUGUGUAUCAAUUGAAAAUUUUUGGAAUAUCAAUAGUUGUACAUGGUCAUUUCUCUCAGGACUUAAUCGAGCAUGUUUAAAUACAGCUAAAACAUUACUUUUAGUAAAUGUUGAAUUAUCAGAUAUAGUUACAAAUAAUAUUGAAGAAUUUCUUCAACAUACUAAAAUAAAAACAAUAGAAAUUCAACGAUGGAUACCAACACAAAAUAAUUCUUAA